AUGGAAUACAUUUCAAGAUCAAAUAUAGCAAAAAUGUUUGGCAAUUAGUUAGUGAAAACAACAACAACUGAUAAAUGUAAGAAAUUAGUUACUUGGAGUUGGGAAAUGCUUGGUUCACUUUUAAUUAUUAUGGGAAGUCCAUUAUCAGUAAAAAGUAUUAAAAAUAUUGAUGAAUGUGAUUCAUAAAUAUCAAGAAACAAAAAUGGAUAAAAAGAAUUCACUUUAGUAUUAGAUCUUGAUGAAACAUUGAUUCAUUCAGAAAUUGAAAGAACUUCUUUUUUAGAUGAAGAAAUAAUAGUAAAAAUAGGAGAGAAUAUUGAAAAAUAUUAUAUUAUGAUAAGACCUUAUGCUAGAGAGUUUUUAUAAAACCUUUCAUAAUUGUUUGAAUUAGUCAUAUUUACAGCUGCUUUAAAAGAAUAUGCUGAUAAAGUUAUAGAUUUUUUAGAUCCAUGUGGAUUUAUCAAAAGAAGAUUUUAUAGAGAUGUAAUGUAAAAUUAAUAAAAUUAGAGUUGUACAAAAAAAGAUGGAGUUUAUUAUAAAGACUUAACAAAAGUAAACUAAAAUUUAGAGAAAACUUUCAUUAUUGAUAAUUCAUUGUCUGGAAUGUAAUUAAAUUUAUGUAGAAAUAUAUUUUAUUUAAAGAAAAUGGAAUUCUGA